UUUGAGGAUGGCCAAUGACAUCGACAGGUUUGCUGAUGCAGAAGAGGACUGCGCACCUAGACAGCCCAACAUAGAGAUCAAAUUCUCAGACAGAGCAGUGACGUCAUCAUACGAUAGUGACGUCAGUGACUACGACGAGGCAGAUGAUGGGUUCUAUGAGGCUGACUUUAAACCUGUGAAGAGUAGUGGUAACGCUAAUUCCACCAAGGAACGCACGAGUAACUCCUUCCAGCCUCAAGAGAAAGUGCUAAGAAAGUUCGCCUCUAAGAUAAACGUAGAGAAGUAUGAUGGCCCCACCUUCCUACCUCGUCACAUCUCUACUGCUCUGUCUGAACACAGUAAAACUCAGUCUGUUAAAACUGUUAAAUCUAGGGAUAAAUCAGAUCGUGCAACUGUAGAGAUGGUGUUAGAUCCUAGAACUAGAAUGAUUCUUUACAAGUUCCUUAGUAAGAAUGUUAUAUCAGAGAUUAACGGAUGUAUAAGCACAGGUAAAGAAGCUAACGUUUACCACGCCACCUGCAAUAACGGACAGCCAGAUUGUGCUAUUAAAAUAUUCAAAACCUCGAUCCUUACCUUCAAAGACAGAGACAGGUACGUGACGGGAGAGUUCCGAUUUAGACACGGCUACAGUAAACACAAUCCCAGAAAGAUGGUCCGCAUGUGGGCGGAGAAGGAAAUGAGGAAUCUCAUCAGAUUAGAAACAGCUGGAAUACCAGUGCCACACCCAGUUAUCCUGCGUAACCACGUGUUAGUUAUGGAGUUUGUGGGGAGUAACGGCUGGCCGGCCCCCCUGCUCAAGGACGUGAAACUGAACGAGUCUAAAGCCAGGGAGCUAUACCUGUCUGCUAUUAAAAUAGUGAGGGACAUCUACCAGAAGGCGCUGCUGGUACACGCGGAUCUGAGCGAGUUCAACAUCUUGUUUAAUGACGGAGAGCUGAGGAUAAUAGACGUGUCUCAAGCAGUGGAACACGACCAUCCCUCAGCUCUGGAGUUCCUGAGGAAAGACUGUUCUAAUAUUACUGAUUUCUUUAAGAAGUUCGGAGUACCGGUUAUGUCAGUAAAAGCGUUGUUUAACUUUGUUACUGACAAGUCAAUUACUGACGAGAACAUUGAACAUUACCUAGACACUGCAGAGGAGAUAGCUUUACAGGGUCAAGAGGAAGAGGAAGAUACUGUCGACGCAGAGGUUUUCAAGAAGUCCUACAUUCCAAGAGUGUUAGACGACGUCAAGAACUUUGAACAAGAUCUCUCCAAGAUUAAGUCAGGGGAGGGUAAGGAGGUGCUGUACAGAGAGGUUAUAGGGAUGUCUAACGACAUGAGGACUGGAUCUACACAGCCAAGAUUAUUGGAGACAAAUGAUUCAGAGAAUGAAGAAGAAUCAGACUCCGAGGAGGAGUGUGAAGAACAGAACAUGGAGGUAGAUGAUCCAGAUGAAAAAGACAUGGAGGAAGAAGAGGCGGACAAUACUCUUCACAACACCUGCCAUAAGAAACUCAGUAAAGAGGAAAACAAGGACCGGAGAAAACAGUUUAAAAUAGCCAAGGCUGAAAACCGGACACUCAAAACCCCCAAACAUCUGAAAAAGGCCAGGGAUAAAAAGUACAAAAGUAAAAAGUAGUUUUAUUUUAUUGUUCUGCUGAGGAUGGGGUAUGACACGAGUUUUUAUCUUGUUUAUUUUAUCUGGUUAUUUAUUUUAUCCUAGAGAA